AUGGAGAGUACACGCAGACCAUUUGACAGAUCACUUUCGAAAGAACCGGGAUUGAAGAAACCCAGACUCACUGAGGACCCUGCAGCUCCCGAUCGUAGCUUUAAUGGACGUGGUAGAACUAGCCUUGGCGGCGGAUUUAUUCAACGACCCGUGUCUUCAUUCCCUGGGGGUGGAGGCGACUCGAGAUUCCAGAGGGACCGAGACUCGGAGAGCAGUGACUCUAUCCGUGGGCCUUACCAACACCAACAGAGUCCGCAGCUGCAUCAGGAGUUGGUGACCCAGUACAAGACUGCCUUAGCUGAGCUGACUUUUAACUCGAAGCCCAUAAUUACGAACUUGACUAUUAUUGCCGGUGAAAAUGUGCACGCGGCCAAGGCCAUUGCAAACACUGUCUGUGCGAAUAUUCUCGAGGUGAGAGGAGCUGCCGGUGACAAUAGUAAAAACUUGAUGAACUUACCUGAUGAUGUUGAAGGACCAAAGAGAACCAGUGUUAAUUCGGGAAGAACGUGGACUGAUCCAUAUGUUAAGAACAUCCAGCGUCCUCGUAAUGAUCAAGUAAAUGAACCUGCUUGUCCCAAAAAUUUAAGUGUAACAUAUGGAGAUUCUGACUACGGUUCUGAUUCAUCAAAGCAUUCACAGUUGGGGAUUGGAAGAGCGAGUGAAAUACAUAAACAUGGAAAGCUGCUAUAUGAAUCUGGUAGAGAUGUAACUGGGAAAGUAUUUGAUCAACAGAAUGGUUUUGACAUGAAGCGUGAAUUUCAAAGCUAUCCAGCCCAUAAAUCUACAGACCCUGACUCACAUCUAGAACUAAAGCAAAACUUUGGGAAUAGAAGCAGCAGUGGGAUGAGGAGCUGGAAGAACUCUGAGGAAGAGGAGUAUAUGUGGGAUGAUAUAAACUCAAGACCCACAGACAGUGGUGCUGUUGAUAUCUCAGAUAAAGAUCUGUGGAUACCUGAUGAAUUUGAAAGAUUGGACUUUGAGAACCAUAUCCAAAGGCCCCAAAAUGUACAUUUCAUUGGGUCAAGGGUUGAUGAUGAAGCACCCACUGUUUCUCUAACUAAAAAUCCUGGCCAGGUAGUUCCUGGGAAUCGAAUGGCAUCAUUGAAGCAGGAGAUGCAUCCACUUGAAAGGAGACUUUCAGGCCCGGAUAGAAAUAUAUCAGGUGAGGGAUAUCAUGCUUCAUUUUCAAGCUCUGCAAAGUCAUUGGACAGGACUUUUCAAUCACAGAUGGGCCAAGGCCUUAGUGGGGCACCAAACUUUAGCUUUUCUACAAAUGCCAUGUUGGGGUCCAUGCCAUCAAUAACACGACAGACUCCGGGGACUGUAUCUCAAUCACCUAUGCACCAGCGACCUCCUUCACCUUCGCACUCAGCAUGCAAUCCAAAUCAAUUACCUCACAAUUUUGCUGAUCAAGAACAAAACUCCACCCCACGUCUUGUAGAUCCAAGGCGGCCCCAAUUUUCAGGACAAAGAAAUAUAGGGCCACGUAACCAGUUUUCUCAGGAUUCUGUGUCUAUGCCACCACAGGAUGUCCGUCUAAGUAGCUCACAUAGAUUGCAGCACCAAAGUUUAAAGACAUUGUCUACUGUAAUGCCCCCUCAGCUGAGGAACCAUGUUCCAUCUAAUCAACAGAAAAAGCUUGAACUGUCUUCUGGGGAAGCUCAGAAACGGUCGCUGCCACAAAAUUCCGGUAUUGAGAACUGCUCUACCACUUCUGACUCCCCAGAACAAUCAAAUACCAGCACUUUGUUGGCUGCCGUAGUGAAUAGUGAAAUAAGUUCUAGUGUGCAUAACUUACAUAAAUCAAGUUUUCUAGGGGCUGAGGGUGUGUCAGAUCAGGUAGUUGCACAACUUCCUCUUCCAAGUGGACCUCCUACCGACUUAACAUCCUUGCCAUCAUUACAUGGAAGCACAUUAGUCCACACAUUUUCUCAUGGAAAGGUACAAGGAACACCACUGCCACCUGGUCUCCAGGCCUCAUCUUUAACAGCUAGUAGCUCAGAAGAGAAACCAAGUGCAGUAAAUCCUGCCUCUAAUCCAGUAUCUAGUCUUUUGAGCUCUUUGGUUGAAAAAGGCUUGAUAUCUGCAUCCAAGAAAGAUUCACUAUCUUUAGCUCCUUCCAGUAUACCAACUCAACCUCCAGACCUAGAUACGGGGGCUAUAAGCAGUAGUACAACUGCAGAUUCUUCUGGUACUGUUGCCAUAGAUAAACCUCUUCCAUCUACCACAGAUGAGCUAUCUUCGCACGGGCCUGAUGCUAAGAUCUUUGAUGGCUUGCCUCAGUCUAUGACGACAAAGAUAAAAAAUCUUAUUGGUUUUGAGUUUAGGCCUGAUGUAGUCCGGGAAUUUCAUCCAGCUGUGGUCAUUGAACUUCUUGAUGACUUUCCUCAUCAGUGCGGCAUGUGUGGUCUGAGACUCAAGCUUCAAGAACAAUUUGAUAGACACAUGAAAUGGCACGCAUUGAGGGCCCCUGGACAGGAUUCUUCGAGUAAGACUUCACGGAAAUGGUACACCAGUUCAGACGAUUGGGUUGCAGGAAUUGCUUCCCUCCAACCCAUUGAUGGGACCUCAGAUCUAUUGAGCUCGGAAAACUGUGAGCCGUUGGUUCCUGCAGACGAAAGUCAAUGCGCCUGUAUUCUGUGUGGUGAGUUGUUUGAAGACUUCUACUGUCAAGAAACGGGUGAAUGGAUGUUCAAAGGAGCUGUUUACUCGACUAACCCAUCCUCACAAGGGGGAUCAGGAAAUGUGCAUGACAGUGAUGAUAUGGGCCUCAUAGUCCAUGCUAACUGUGCAGCAGAAGUUUCUUUUUGUGACUCGGGACUGGCUGGGGAUAUCAAAUUGGAAAAAGAUGCAUGA